CACACAGUUUAUGUAGUUCUAGUGAAAUAUGCAAUUUGACCAAUCAACUCGUAUAAAGUGUAAUAUACAAUACAUAUUAUGAAAAAGAAUGGAGAAAGUAGAUAUGUGGUUCAGCAAAAUUUAAAUGACGCUAUUCAAGUUCAACCAGAGAAUUAUUCUCCUAUUGUGAAUGAAUCACUCAUGGAAAAACCAUUUGAUAACCAAAAUUGCAGAGAAAAGAGAAAGAAGAUAUUAGUAGGUUGUAUAAUCGUAAUAUUAUUGGCGAUAUCCUGGGUCGGUGCUCAGCAAUUUGCUCAGAAUGCCAUUCAACUUGCAAGUUUCGAUGCACCAUAUUUUAUGACGUGGUUUGGAACUUCAUGGAUGACUUUAUGCUUUCCAAUUUAUUGUAUAUGUAUUGCACUGAAAUACAGAAAUCGUCAAAAGAUAAUUGAAGUAAUAAAAGAAUCAGAAAAAGUACUCGAAACAUCCAAAAUCACAACUAAACAAUUUUUUCUAAGAAUUGUUCCAAUGAAUAUAUUAUGGGUUGCAACAAAUUAUUUAUACAUGAUUGCUUUAAAGUUUAUUGCAGCAACUGAUGCUUCUGCUAUUUUUGCUUCAAAUGUUGCUUUUGUUUAUCUGUUGUCUCUGUGCAUACUCAAAGAGAAAUUGUAUGUGAUCAGGAUUUUGGCGUGCAUUUUCUGUAUUUCUGGUGUUGUGCUGUUCGGAUAUGCAGCAGGAUUUGCUGGAGGUUCAAAUUUAUUAAUUGGUGCCUUGAUGGCCAUUGCAACAGCUCUCGGAGCAGCUCUUUAUAAGGUCAUUUUCAAAGUUUGGGUUGGUGCUGCAACUCUGGGACAAGUCUCACUUUUUCUCACAUUUCUCGGAAUCAGUAAUAUUUUUCUUAUGUGGACAAUAUUUAUCACUUUAUAUUUCACCAAUGUUGAACAUUUCACGGGAGAUAACAUUCCUUGGAAUCCUUUGAUCGCAUCUUCGUUUUUAGGAUUAGUUUUCAACUAUGUUUUAAGUUUUGGAGUUGCCUAUACUUAUCCUCUCUUCAUAUCAAUUGCUUUGAUGCUUGGAGUUCCGCUAAAUGCAGUUGUAGAUGUUGCUGUUAGAGGAGUCACGUUUAAUGCCACACGUGUUCUUGCUGCUUCUCUGGUGUUACUUGGAUUUGCCAUCAUGCUGUUACCUGAUCAUUUCAACAAUCCAAUCCAUGAUGUGUUUUUGUGCAAGUUCCCAAGAAAAAGGAAUGUUAGCAAAAAUAAUAUACCAAAGAAUUCUGAUGAAGUUGAUUCACAGAAUAAACCCCUUAUUGACAAUGAUACUUGAUAUAUACGUAUAUAUGUUGAUAGCAGUUCUGAUCCUAAAAACAACUUAUGAUCAAGUAUGAUCGCUCAUCUGUCACAUUAAUCGGCGGAUGUUUCUUUUGGAAUCUCUUCAUUAGUACUUAAAUUCAAAGUGCAAUAUUCAUUCUACGUUCCAUUGAUUGAGAUUGAUCCAUUGAGAUCUUUACCAGUUUUAUGAAAAUUAUAUACAUGUUUAUAUUGAUGAACGAUUUUACAUUUUUAUAUAUUGCAAUCAGAGCCAUUCAUGCGCUAGUGUUUUUUCUUUAUAAAUCAUGUAUUAAAUGAAUGAAUUCAAA